GGCAUUCAUGAGAUACAGUAAAGAAAAGCGUCUCUCCUCCUGCCUCUCGCUUCAGAUGCAGGAAUGGACCAGGAGAGCUGGGACUGUGUUAGUAGCACAGGGAGAGCAUGACUGGAUUGGAAUCUCUAAGGAGUGACAGCGCUGUGAAUGAAGCACGGGUCGCUCUUUCUUCCUGCCGUGGGCUUUCUCUGUGCGAAGGGAGACGGGGAGAUCAUUUAAAGGGAACUGAGCAUCUCUGGGCAAAGCAAUGUGUCCAAGAGGAGCCGGGCACGGGAGCUGCUUGCCUUUUGGAUAAUCCCUCUUGUUCUUAGCCUCCGUUCCGUGCAGCAUCCCUGGUUUUUGGUUUUUGAGAGGCAAUGUGGAGUCAAGACUUUAAAUGGCAUUUGGGAUAAAACAAAAACAAGAUCACUUUUGUCUCUCUUUCUCUUUUAAAAAACCAAAGCAAAACAAUUUGUUUGGGUAUAGUAUCUCUCUCUUUUGCUUUUCUUUUUUUUGAUAGCGGGGGGAGGGGGCGAUUGUGACACCAAAGAGAAUGUUUGCUGUGCAGGAGAGACUUCUCAACAAGUAAGCGUGUUGUUUUUCUAACUCUUGGCUGAGCAGGCUUCUGUUAGCCAACUGGCUCCAUUGACAGCACAAUCUUUUUGUUUUUGUUUUUUGUUUUUGUUUUUUGACUUCCUUGUCAGGAUGGUAGGCAAAAGAACAGCUGGCAGAAAACAAUAGGGGGUGGGGAAACCAAAUAAAGGAAACCACCUGCAACCUGCCCCCCCACUCCCAGUAAAACAAACCUACAAAUAUCAUUGUCAGUAAAAAUUGCGGAACACUUUUGACGUCACCAUGCGCAGAUCUAGCACGGAUGAAUCAACCUAUCACAGGAGCCCUUCUUUGGACAGCAAGGAUUACAGUUUUCCAAAUGGCGCCUUCCGUCGCUAUAGCAGCAUGUAUGGCGGCCAGUUUGGGGCCGCGAGCAACUCUUUUUUUGGAUUCCAUACCAACCCAGGCCCUAAGGCCACCAAGGCUAAGUACACAUCCCCCAAGGGGAACAAGUAUGUGGUCUUUUACUUGGAUCUCUCCUUUAUUUUUCUUCUAGAACUGAAGAGGUGCAGCAUGGCUCACAACUGCCUGCAGUGCAUUAAGUACCUCAUGUUUGUGUUCAACCUCCUCUUCUGGCUGGGAGGCUGUGGGAUCCUUGGAGUUGGCAUAUGGCUAGCAGUUACCCAAGGGAACUUCGCUACCCUCUCUUCUUCCUUCCCUUCCCUGUCAGCUGCCAAUCUGCUGAUCAUCACAGGGACUUUUGUAAUGAUCAUUGGCUUUGUGGGGUGCAUAGGAGCCAUCAAAGAAAACAAGUGCCUCCUGCUCAGUUUUUUUAUCAUGCUGUUAAUUAUAUUUGUGCUGGAGCUCACUGUCGUGAUUCUGUUCUUCGUCUACACCGACAAGAUUGAUAAGUAUGCUCAGCGGGACCUGAAGAAAGGGCUUCAUUUAUAUGGAACUGAUGGAAAUAUUGGCCUAACUAAUGCAUGGAGCAUCAUACAAACAGAUUUCAGAUGCUGUGGAGUGUCAAACUUCACUGACUGGUUUGAAGUGUACAAUACCACACGAGUGCCAGAUUCAUGCUGCUUGGAAUUCAGUGAAAACUGUGGUCUUCAUUCCCCAGGGACCUGGUGGAAAGCUCCUUGUUAUGAAACAGUGAAAAUAUGGCUCCAGGAAAACCUGUUAGCUGUGGGAAUUUUUGGACUGUGUACAGCUUUGGUUCAGAUUCUUGGACUGACAUUUGCAAUGACCAUGUACUGUCAGGUUGUCAAGGCAGAUACCUACUGUGCAUAGAAAUGAUAGUCAACGUCUGUCAGCCAUGGCUCACCUCUCUACAAGACAAAAGAGGACUCUUCUUCAUGCUCAUACUUUUUUUUUCUAUGUAAAAUAAACUGUGUAUAAUCUUCUCUGGAAAUUUUGUGACUCACCUUAGUUUGUCACCAUCGGAACUCAGACUUGCUUGGACAAAGGAAACUACCAAGUAACAAGAAAGAAAGAAAAAAUGUUCCCCUUUGGCACAGACUGGCAAGUGGGAAGAGGCUGCUGCUUUCAUUUUCCUGGAGGCUGCUGGCAAAUAGAAGUUUUCCUGCGUGGAAAUAGAGAAUCAAGUUGUAGCAACGCAAGUGCAGAGGAUGUGGAGGUUCGAUUUAACUGGAGUUUGUCUUUAACAACAGCCAGUGUGGCGGAUCCAGGAAGUAUGCUUCUGAACUCCAGAUUUUACCAUGGAGUGAAAUGGCUCCAGGAAACUUUUCUACUUAAGGAAGUGGUUUCAGUUUUGUGGCCUCUGAAGUCAGCUCAGACAGGAUCUACCCUGGCCUACAUUGUAGGUGAUCUGUAAGCAGAAAUUGGGUCCUGUCUUGCAGACUAAAUCACUAGUGGUACACACAUGAUGUGUGAAAAUUUAUACAACAUAUGUGGAUUCAUACACUCUGAGCAGUUUAAAGAAAAGUAGUCUAGCAGCUGCCUAAAUAAGUAGGGAAGGGUUCUAUCCUGUUCUAUAUUCAAUGGGACCAUGCAUUCAUUCAAAAGGAAAUAGUAGAUGAUUAUUUCUUGGAAAGGACAUUUUGGCCAUUGGAAAACACAAGAAGAAGCAAGGAGUUGUCUUUCUGUCACUGUCCUCUCGAUUUUCUUUUAAAUGUCAUUCCAGUUUCAACUUACAUUGUGUUUCUCAUUUCCAGGCUUGAAGUACAACAAAGAGCUUUAAGCGACUUGUCACUAAUAUGCCAUUUCAUUAAUUUGCUCCCUACUAAUUUCAUCUUCAACUAGGAUAGGCUUACCAGGCAUCAGAACAAUCCAUUAAUAUACACUUGUUUGAGUUGGGUUUUUUUGACCUUGUACCUCUAUUAAAAGAACUAAAUCAAAUUA